UUCGGAUUCACGCGCUCUUCAUUUUGCUCGCGACUGUCUGCGAGUGUAGGUCUAACAAAAAGACAAAAUAAAACAUGCGUUGGCGUUUCCACGUUCUCCUAGCCUUCGUGGCGUACGUAAAUGUCCGCGGCGCACACGGUGCUACGGAUCUGACGCGCCAGCCGAACGCUUACGGACCGGAAGUGGUAGAGGCGGUCGUGAACAUCAUCCGAGAGUCGUGUCUGUUUGCCGACGAUCGACGGUUCCUCCGUCGGCUUGCCUAUGUGGAGUCGCAGGACGGCACCGCGCCCAGAACGUUCCAAUCCGGCAAUUACGGAGGAAUCUGGCAAGUCGACGAAAGAGAGUUCAACGAAACGCUUCAUCAGCCCUCAUUAGCCAACAAGUACCAAAUCAUCAGAAAUGUGAUGGGAAUCGAUUGGCCCUCGGUCACGUGGCAGGAACUGCGGAAGCCGUUGUACUCGGGAAUCGCCGCGGCACUGUUCACCAUCCUGAAGACGGGGUCGACAGGCGUAAGCUGGAAGUCCGAAGAGCAGGGUAUCUUCUGGAGCAACAACUUCCACGGUGGUAGGCCUGCGAACAACUUCACCGAAUUAGCGAAUAUUCUGGAUCUAGGGUGCCGUACGAACCAACAAGUUGACCUCGUCUUCGUUCUGGACACAUCCAGUAGUUUGAGUGCGGAUGACUUCACGAGAUCAAUUCUCUUUAUUUCACAGGUUGUGGACGGGUUCGACAUUGCCCCGAAUCAGACCCAAGUCGGAGUGGUAACAUUCUCAUCUGGUGCCCGCGUAGAAUUCUAUCUUAACUCAUACAGCUACAAGAGCUCUCUCAAGAAUGCCAUCAACGGCAUCCGAUACGUGGGAGGCAGCACACAGACCGACGUUGGCAUCAAUAGGGCUCUCCAGCAAGUGUUCGCCACCGUAAAUGGUGCACGCCCGUAUGCCGUCAAGGUGAUGGUAGUGAUAACAGACGGACAGAGCGAUGACAGCAUUAACACACUGCACGCUGCUGAACGCGCUCAUGCCGCCGGCAUCGUGACCUUCUCCGUCGGUGUCGGCCACUCUAUCGGAGUAACUGAACUGAAUAACAUAGCCACCGACCCUGACUGCACGCAUGCAUAUACGGUUAACACGUACGAGGAGAUAAAGUUCAUGAAAGAGGAAAUACAAAAGGCCACGUGCAUUGCCCCUCUCUUCAUCAAUCAGACGUACAGUUGUAAACUGUCUGAGUGCCCUCCCUUAGCUGUGAUCACUGGCCCAAAUGGUACCACUUUAGAGACAAAUAUCACAUGCGGCAACAUGAUGGUCUAUCAUGCGGUAAACAACCCCUACCCGAGCGCGGCACAGCACGAGGUGGCUGUACAGACCCAGCAGGGAAGUGUCACGCAGCACUACUUCAACUACGCAGGCAAGACGUUGUACAUCAACAUGAAGGACCCCACGACAGCGUACAGUAACUGUAUCGCGACCAUCACACCGUACACUGGGGACAAGACCGACCAUACAAUCUACUAUAGGUGCUUCCGUGACGGAGGCGAGAUUCCGUGCCCAGAUCUCAACUGCACAGAGAAAUGGAACUUCCCUAACCCCUGUACUUCUGCGAACCUGGCAGCUGGUCUCACUAAGUUCCCCCACCCGUACCAGAGCAACAAAUUCCUCAUGUGUGACCUGUCCGGCAAACUGUACGUGGUCAUCUGUCCCCAGGGAGAGUUGUUCAACGCGGAUUGCAGUCAGUGUCUCGGAACAGGAACUCUUGUCAGCUCGAACUGCAAUGUGCCUCUCCCCGCUGCCAUUGGCAACCCGUGCACCCGAGAGAACAUCCUCGCAGGUAAAAUGUUUUUCGAGUACCCGGGCGAUCACCACAAGUUCAUUCACUGUGACGUGUGGGGCAAGCCGUGGGCCCAGGACUGUCCCCCGGGUCAGUUGUGGGACCAGGGCCUGGAGACGUGUUACCAGCCGUCUACGUACGAACCGUGCCUGCACCACCAACCGGGGCAGCCGUACCUAUACCCCCACUAUUGCGACCCCCACCAAUACAUCCACUGCGACGAGAACCACCAGUCAUUCAUCCAGUCAUGCCAGCUAGACUACGUGUUCCUCGCCAGUAGCCAGACGUGCGUCAUCCCGGGCACGUACGAUACCGGCAACCUCGUUAACACGUGCAACGGAGCCACCGUGCCCGUCGUCUAUACAACCACCCAGAGGUACUAUGUCAGCGGCGGCACGGCAUCGAGUGGGUAUUACAUGCCCUCGGGUGUGUGGCAAGCGCCCUGCACACACGAGAACAUCGCGAGGAAUGAACUGUACUUUGCGUACGUACCAGAUAUCCACAGAUACAUUCAGUGCGAUCUGACCGGCCACGCCUAUCUGCAGAGCUGUGGUGGGGAUUAUUACGACCCCAUAUCUCACACGUGCGUGGACGGCUCGGUGUUUGUGGACAACCUCGUGGGAUAGCUGUCGCGGUAUCGGAUCAGCCGGGUGUGUCAAACUGAGGUUGAAAAUAUUGUCCAGUUUGAUACUCAAAAAUGAACUGUUUAAAAGACUAAUCUACACUAACGUUAUAGUGUGCUUAUGAAUACUGUUGUAUUUUUCAUGCAUGUGUCAUAUAAGUGUUUACUUUUUUAUGAAUAAAAGCGCAUGAGUGAC